AUGCAAUUGGGGCGCUCGGCCGCCAUGGCGUACUACCGCUGCGGCCCCACCGCCAUCAGCCGGGCCUCCUGGUCGGUGACGUCGCCGGAAGCCAAGGGCUUCGAGCGGCCCCUCAGCGGCAACUUCGACCGCAUCUUCAACGCGUUCGAGAGGACCAACGCGUUCGAGUACGUGCGCGGCACUUUCGAGGGCAGGGAGGGGAGGGCGGUCGGCCACGCGGACGUGGUGGUGAACAGGAAGAUGAGCAGCAGCUUCGAGAGGGCGGACUGCGCGCUGGCGGCGCAGACCCCCUGCUCCGAGGACGAGGACUUCUACCGCGAGAAGGUCCUGUACUCGCAGGCGAGGCAGCUGUUCCCGCUGCAGGAGGACCUGGCCGACUGGAUCAAUAAAACGAUCGGCACCACAUACAUAACGGGUGAGAAUUUUCUGGACGUGCUGGACAAUGGAGCGGAGCUUUGUCAACUGGCGGCCAUCAUUCACGAGAGGGCCAGAGAGGCGCUGGACCAGGGGCUCAUAGUCGGGCCGGUGCCGCAGCUGCGUGGCCGCUGCUGGCAGCGCGCCGCCCGCCGCAGUUUCUUCUCCCGGGACAACACCGACAACUUCCUCACCUUCUGUCGGGAGCUAGGCGUGCACGAGAACCUUCUCUUCGAGAGCGAUGACCUCGUGCUGCACAACCAGCCGCGGCAGGUGGUCCUGUGCCUGCUGGAGGUGGCCCGGCUGGCCACCAGGUACCGCGUGGAGCCUCCGGGGCUGGUGCAGCUGGAGAAGGAGAUCGCGCUGGAGGAGCGCGACUCGGGCCUCGACUCCGCCAUGUCCGGGGCCGCCUGGCAGUUCCGGGACCUCACGCCGCCGCCGGACGACAAAUCCGUCACAGAGGUGUUAACAUCACCUGAGCCCAACGAUUCCCAACUCUUGGCCGACAACACCGACGCGGAGAGUACCAAGUCGGAAGGAACCGUCGACAGCACAGACUCCGAUGUUCCCCUUAAGCCCACCAACGAGCUGGACAAGCGGGUGCAGCUGAUGGGGCGUCUGAUGGCUCGUGGCUGCAGCUGCGGAACGGACCGCUGCUCCCGGCUGCUGAAGGUGCGCAAAGUGGGCGAGGGGAGGUACAACAUCGCCGGUCGCAACGUCUUUAUCCGGCUGCUGAAGGAGCGGCACAUGAUGGUGCGCGUGGGCGGCGGCUGGGACACGCUGGAGCACUUCCUCUCGCGCCACGAGCCCUGCCAGGUGCGCCUCGUGGCGCCCGCGCGCCGCGACCUGCUGCCCGCCGCCGCCACCGCCGCCACCGCUGCCACCGCUGCCACCGCCGCUGCCGCUGCCACUGCCACCGCCACCUCUACCACCGCCCCCGCGCCCCCGUCCCCGCACCCCGUAGAGCCCGCCGGCGCGCUCUCGCCCAUCCCGCGCAAGGCGUCCGUCUCGCCCGCGAGCAGCCGCAGCUCCGUGGCGAGCAAGGGGCGCUCCUCCGGCGGCGCCUCCCCCGUGGACGGCAAAUCGUCCCCCGCGGACAAGCGCGCCCCCAAAGGCGGCGCCUCCACGCCCAAGGCGCGCCCCGCGGCCCCGCUCUCGCUGCGCCUGAGGGCGGACCCGCCCGCCCGGAAGCAGUCGGCCCCCUGCAGCCUCAGCACGCCCAGCACGCCCACCUGCAGGCCCGACGGCCCCCCGCCGGGGCUGCGCAAGUCGCUCACCUCGAGCACGCCGCUCGACGCGCCGAAGAAGUCGCGCAGCAUGAGUCUGGGCGUGGCGGUGAAGGAGAAGCUCGGCCCGACGGUCAGAGCGCCGCCCUUGAAGGCGCGCAGUCAGAGCCUGGCUUCGACCCCCGUCGGGCCGAAGCGGCCCCCGGGCGGGGCCGCCAAAGCGCGCAGCUUGAGCCUCGCCGCCGCCCCGGACUUCGGCAAGCCGCUGGUGAAGAGCGUCUCCCUGUCCACGAACGGGCCCAUGACGCAGGCGUCCAUCGAGGAGAGCAUCCGCCGCUCGCUGGCCGCCUCCAUAGUGGACUCCGCCUGUCCCAAGAAGCCCUUCCUGCACAUCAAGGCCAAGUACCGCAGCCCGCCGCCGCGCGAGGUGCCGCCCAGA